AUGAGUGUAGAAAACCCCAAACAGAAAGAUUUAAAGAAAAAAAGAGCCAAGAAAUCUUUCACCUGCACUCAGUGUGGAAAGAGUUUCACAUACAAACAUAUUCUUGAGCUUCACAUGAGAGUUCAUACUGGAGAGAAACCAUUCACUUGUGAUCAGUGCGGGAAGAGUUUCUCACACUCCGCAAACCUUAAGAGACACAUGGACAUCCACACUGGAGAGAAGCGGCACGCAUGUGAUCAAUGCUGCAAAACAUUUUUUAGAGCUUCAGAACUGAAGAAACACCUGAUAGUUCAUACAAAAGAGAAACCACAUUCAUGUUAUUUGUGUGGAAAUAGGUUUUCACAUCGACAAAGUUUGAAAGAACAUGAGAAAAUACAUACUGGUGUGAGAGAGUACAUGUGCUUUGAGUGUGAAAAGACUUUUACUACAGCGCAGCGUUUAAAACUGCACGAGAGGAUUCACUCUGGAGAGAAACCGUACAAGUGUUCACACUGUGACAAGAGAUUCAUUCAGUCAGGAACACUGAAAAGACAUGAGAGUAUCCACACUGGAGAGAAACCGUAUCACUGCACUGCAUGUGGGAAGUGUUUCAGUCGUUCAUCUGCUCUGGUGUGCCCUGCCACCCUGCGAAGGAAGCUCAUUUCGGCCGCUUGUAUCCGAGAUCUUGUCCUUUCGGUCAUGACCCAAAGCUCAUGA